AAAUGCUUAAACAGAUAUCAUCUUCAAAUCUCACCCUGUUACCAAUCCAACGGUCCAUCCUCAAUCUUCACCAAUAUCCCACCGCGGCAGUUACUGACCUACUAGGCAAAACCAAAAACAAAAUUCACCAAAAGUUUAGAGAGAAGAGAGAGAGAGAGAAGGAUGGAGAAGGAGAAAGGGAACCUUGUUUACUUGGCUAGACUUGCGGAGCAAGCGGAGAGAUAUGAUGAGAUGGUCGAAGCCAUGAAGAAAGUUGCCAAGUUAGAUGUGGAACUGACUGUGGAGGAGAGGAAUCUGAUAUCUGUGGGAUAUAAGAAUGUGAUUGGGGCUAGGAGGGCCUCGUGGAGGAUUUUGUCUUCCAUCGAACAGAAGGAGGAGGCCAAGGGAAAUGAACAAAAUGUGAAGAGGAUUAAGGAUUACAGGCUGAGCGUUGAAGAUGAGCUUGCAAAAAUAUGCAACGACAUAUUGUCAGUCAUUGACAAGCACCUGAUUCCGUCAUCUAGCACAGGAGAAUCAACUGUUUUUUACUAUAAGAUGAAAGCAGAUUAUUGUCGUUACUUAGCUGAGUUCAAAACUGGUGAGGAUCGCAAAGGAGUUGCAGAUCAGUCACUUAAGGCUUAUGAGGCUGCGACAUCUACAGCAAGCUCAGAAUUGCCCCCUACUCAUCCAAUCAGACUUGGACUGGCUCUGAACUUUUCUGUUUUCUACUAUGAGAUUUUGAAUUCAUCCGAGAGGGCUUGUCACCUGGCUAAACAAGCCUUUGAUGAGGCUAUUGCAGAGCUUGAUAGCCUCAAUGAAGAAUCCUAUAAGGACAGCACACUUAUUAUGCAGCUUCUCAGGGACAAUCUCACUUUAUGGACCUCAGAUCUCCCUGAUGAAGGAGGUGAACAAGCUAGAGGUGAAGAAGUUCAAAUAGAGGGGAGAUAAUUAAGCCUGAAUUAUAUUUCAGUCUGGAUUUAUAAGCUGGACUUAUCGUGUGGUUGGUAUGGUCCUAUGGAGUUAUGAAAAGUUGAAAAUAGACAAUUCUUUUUGGUUCUACUUUCUUCGGUUUAUUGCAGUUAACAUUUUCUCACCCAAGGUUUGACCUAUAAAUACUUUUCACUGCAAUGCAUAAAUCAUACUUUCUUACCCAAAAUCUAAUGUCGAUAAUGGAAAAAGCUUUGUUGUAAUGUCAGACAAUAAAAUUACUAUAUUAUGUCUUACUAUUUCAUUUAUUAUGAAAUUUUCUUUUUACCCUAUUCUA